AUGUAUCUCUACUGCAUGUUUUUUGAAACGAAAAGAAAUGGUGGCGAGGAAACCUUCGAGCAUUUGGUCUUGGACAUCUAUGACUAUACUUUGGUCUCUAUUGGGGGCUUUAUAAACCUCUUCACUAACAUCAAGCAGAAGUAUAACAACGUGCUGUACGUCCUGAAGAUCCAAAAUGUGCACAGGAUCCUCAAGUUGAACGAGCGUUGUUUCAAGCGCUCCAUUAUUGCUAACUGGAUCUGUGUACUCGCCAUCAACUGCUUCCAUAUCUCCUGGACGUUAAUUUACUUUUUUACCUUCAAUGAUUUUCACUACAGCCUGUUAACGUUUUCGUGUCUCACAUGGGUAAUGAAGAACCUUGUUAUAAUCACAUUUCUAUGCGUGGAGUGUGAGAAGUACUACUCGGCAAUGAAAGAUGUUAAGAGAACUUGUUCUCAGAUGACUACUUCAGAAAGGAGCUCAGCAAAUCAGAAGAGAUUUUGUAAGAACAUCCUGCGAGUUCAAGACGCGACGUUCAACAAAUUGCGAGUGUGCGGUCUGUUCGCAGUGGACGCGUCGCUGCCGCUGCGUGUGGUUGCAUUCAUCACUACCUACACCAUCAUCCAAUUACAAUUCGUGUUCCUAUAA